UCACCAGCUUCUCGUUCCGCCUCAUACACACUCAAUGAGUCUCUCUCUCUAAUAAAACCACCACACAACCACCACCCCAGACCACCUACUUUCUCUCUCUAAAACCAAACCAUGGGCGCUAACACGUCAUUCUUAACCACAGAAACCUCCGAAACUUCACCAAACCUAAACCUCGGAGACUUACCAGAAAACUGUAUAGCUUUGGUGUUAUCCUACUUAAAACCACCGGAGAUCUGCAAACUAGCUAGAGUUAACCGAACAUUUCGUGCAGCUUCCUCUGCUGAUUUCAUCUGGGUCCCUAAACUGCCGUGUAAUUAUCAUCAUCUGGCAAUGGUUGAUGAUAAGAAAAGACCGGGUGAAAAGGAGAUAUUUGCAAAGUUGAGUAGACCUGUGUUGUUCGAUGGUGGCAAUAAGGAAUUUUGGGUGGAUAAGAUCACCGGUGGUGUUUGUGUAUCGGUUUCUUCGAAGAGUUUGACGAUCACUGGGAUUGAUGAUCGGAGAUAUUGGAAUCAUAUUCCUUCUGAUGAAUCAAGGUUCCCUACGGUCGCAUAUCUUAAACAAAUUUGGUGGGUGGAAGUACAAGGCGACGUCGAGUUUUGCCUUCCGGCCGGAACUUACACGUUGGCGUUCAAGCUCCGGCUAGGAAAAGUGAUAAAACGAAAUGGACGAUGGGUGUGUAGCACUGAGGACGUCCAUGGAUGGGGCGUAAAACCCGUGGAGUUGAAGGUCAUGACGGGCAGUGGUCAACAUGUAGUUUCCAAGCAAUUCUUGGAGACAACAGGAAGCUGGGAAUACCACCGUGUCGGGGAGUUCAUUGUCGAUGAUUCAAACAAACCGACGAAGGUGAAGUUUUCGUUGACGCAGAUCGAUUGCACACAUACGAAAGGUGGUCUUUCUAUAGAUUCGGUUCUUAUAUGCCCUACCAACUUGGCACACGAUUUCAAAACUUUACCAUAAUAUAUGUGUAUAGUUUGAGGAUGUCUUCUUUCGCUAAAAACUAGUUAGAAUCUGGGUUCGAUUUUUGAAUUUUUUUAAUUAUUUUUGUAAUUAUGCAUUCAUUGGUAGUCAGAAUUGUAAUAUAUGCUGUACAAGAGUGAGAGAUUUGAAGUAUAUUUUUUUAAAGAAAUAUCAUGGAAAUAGGCA